AUGAGUGGUCAAAGUGUUGACGUUGUUUGGGAGCCUCCUCAGUUAAGUUCAUUGGACUGUUGGGAUUAUUCUAUCGAGUUGGCUUGCCUUCAAGGUCCAGAAGAUCUUCAGUUAGCGGCAGAGCUGGGUAAAACACUUCUGGAACGUAACAAGGAACUUGAAACAAGCUUGAAAGCCCAUCAGACGACGAUUGACGAGCAGACUCAGGAAAUCGAGGUGAUUAACCUUGUUUACUUACAAACUCGUCGGGAUUACUGCACCAUCAUAUACUUUUAAGUAAGCAUUCAAGAUUUAGAACGUGCCAAUCAUAGACUCGUUGUCGAAAGCACAGCCAAUAAAAAACUCGUCAAAAGCCAAUGUUUAACAAUCGAAAAUCUCGAGGCAAAAUGCGAGGAAUUGUCAAAGACAAUCGACGAAUUAAAGACGCAGCAUGAGAACUACAUCCGAAAGCUGCAGAGCAAGCAAAACAAUGUUGCUAAAACCACCGAGGAGACGACCUGGACGAGCAUUUCGAAUAAUGGCAGCAUACACCAGACAGCUGUAAAAAGUCCGUCCAAGACGUCUCCAGGUGAUUUAAAUGCGCGAACAAACGGCUCGGAGGGUGACGAGGUGAAUGAGCUGCUGAUUCAACUGCAGGAGACGCGGAACCAGCGAGCCAGAGAGCAGAAAAAAGUAUCUGAGCUGCGGCAGCAGCUCGAGGGAAUACUCAAAGAUAAUCGCGCACUCGAAGAGCAGCUUAAUGAGCCUCACGACGAAUUGUCGCUGAUGCUCGACGCCGAGGAAGAUGAUGACAUCAGUUUGGCAGAGUCUUACCUCAACAGCCAGCGGGACUCGGAAAUUUUGGUCGAGGACAUUGACACACCGGAUUCAAAAGAACAAAUAAAACCAGACGCAAACCCGUACCGAGUACUAGUAGAAAAAUACGAAGCUCUCCUAGAAGUCCAGCGCCAACCGGUAGCCCGAAAGAAGCCAUCACCAACGCCCCCUUGCAUGUCUCUGCAAGAAGAACUAGAAAUGUCCGGGGACUUCAACAGCUUGCAAACUGCGCCGUCAGAGGCCGCCCCGGAACCAAAAACAAACGGGUUCCGGCGCUACCCUAAGAAGCCGUUCUCCGGAACACCAACUGACUUCUCCGAGGCGGAAACUUCAUCCUCCGGAUUCUCAGACGAGACCAGUAACAAAGAGACUCAAACAGACGGUAGGUUAGGUUCCUUGCUGUGUUCCAUCGCGGACGGCGAGGACUGCAAGUUUAGCAUCUACGAUGACAACAGCCCGUUCGAGAGCAGGUUCCGUAAGACUCCGGAGUACCGUCAGCUGUUCAGUGAAAUUUUCUGCAUCCUGAAGCGCGCUGCAGAGGCUAAAGACGAGGGAGAGAAGCUCCCUCUGUUAGACAGCACCGUUUCUGCGUCUGCGCGUAGAGACGACCCUGCGCAGGAACAGGGGGAACUGACAGAUGACACGCAGAGUGUUUUGUCCUCUGUUAUCUCCUCGGUUGUUUCCGAGCCGGUGAUUCGGGUUCACGCCUCCACGCCCGAGAAGGAGAACGAGAACCAGAAGAAGUUCCAGGAACCGCCCAGGAACCAGCGGCGCCACCACUUAGAUUACCUCUCCAUUCAAGUUCGCAAGAAGAACACUGCUAAGAAACACCACAGAAAGAUUUUUAAUGAUUCCAAUGAAAUUAUUCCAAGUUCCAGGAACCAGGUUCCUGGAACUCACAGCCCGGUUCCUGGAACCGGCAAGCCCAACCGCAGAAUCAAGUUCCGCCCUCUUACUACUGCGGAACAGGAUGGAACUCACUGGAACGGAAACACUAUUCAUGUGUUCGCUAGCAGGAACAAGGAAGCCAGGAACAAUCACAGGUUCUGUUCCUCGAACAACGUUCCAAACAACGGUUCCUUGGAAUUUAAGCCCAGUAGCGCGUCUGAAGAAGUUGCGAGGCUCAGACGCUUGGAGAUGUCUUAUGCUGAAGCUCUUCGCACGCCAAACAAAUCCAAAGCAGCCAAUUAUAUUUGA